AUGGAAGAAAAAGAAAGAGAGGGACAGACAAGAAAGGAAGGAGAGUGGAAAGCAGUGAUAUUAGAGGUAAUGAAGGAGGUAGGAAGAGCACUGGAAGAAUUAAAGAAGGAAAGGAAUACACAAAGAGUGUCACAAGGGGGAGGAGUUAUUAGAGGAGAGCAAAACAUUCAAGCAGAGAUCAGGGUCAUUAAUAAGAAAUUAGAAAAACAAGAGAGGGUGGAGAGGAAAAAUAAUAUUGUAAUCAAAGGGUUAAAAACAAAGAUGACUGAGGCGAAAGAGAAAGUUAAAGAAUUUUUAGAAAAAAAAUUUAGCGUAAAGAAAGGAGUGGAAAGGAUUGAAACAAAGGGAAGAGAACAAGAUGUAAGUAUAGUGAUAGUUCACUUAGAAAGUUUGGAGAUAAAACAGGAGUGGGAGGGAGAUUAUAACACCAGAAUAGGAAACGAAGGAAGUAUACAUAGAGGACAGAAUGAGGAGGCAAGAGCAAGUAGAAAGUCAAAAGAUGAAGUAAGGAACAAAGAAGGAGAAAGAAUAAUAAAAUGGACGGAAAAAGAAGGUCUAUACAUACCCAAUGGAAAUAUAAAAGGAGACGAAGAAGGAGAAUACACGCAAGUGGAAAAAAGAGGCGCAUCAGUUAUCGACUAUAUAAUAGUCAACAAGGUCGGAUUGGACGAAGUGGAAAAGUUACAAGUGGAUGAGAGAAUAGGAUCGGACCAUCAGCCGCUGAAGUUGGUAGUAAAAGCGAGUAGGGGUAGUCACCCAGAAAAAGCAGAGAGAUCGAGAAAGAGAAAAUUUGUUGGAACGAAGACAAUAAAGAGAUACAAGGAAGCUACAAGAGAAAUAACGUACGACGAGGAGAAGGAGAGAAAUAGAGCAUGGGAGAGGUUAAAAGAAGUAGGAAACGAUAAAGUAGGGUAA